GUCGUUGCCGAUUGAUAAAAAGUGAGGUUAGGAAUACUCCCCAGAGAAAAACAUUAAAGAACAUUUUCAAGAAUUCCAGUGAAUUUAAGGCAGUAUUGAGCAGGAAAUCAUGUCAGAAGCCAAGAGGAAGAAUUACUUCAAAACUCAGAACCAGAAACAGCGCAAACGCAGCUUCCUGGAGCCAGGACUGAAGGGUUUUCUGGCCACAUGCAAUUUCCGGGAGAAAGACUGUGUCCGGGAGUGCUACAACAUCCUGAAUCAGUACAGUGAGGACCCAGAUGACAACACUAAGGCUGCACAAGCUUCCCAGGAAGACAAAUCAGAGGAAGAGAAGGCAAAUGUAAGCGAGGAAGAUGAGGAAGAAGACAUUUCCAAAGCCCUGGAGAAGGAUGUGGCCACGGAGAAGCAGAAGAAUCAAAGAAAAUCCUACAAAUUUAGCGUGGUAGACACUGGAGUUAACAAUUGCGUCUUCAUAUCCACCAGCCUGGAGGAUCCUGUUGGUUUGGGAGUCAAAAUUGUGCGAGACAUUGCAGAGACGAAGCUUCAGAAGUCCAGGUUCCUCCUUCGGCUAAUUCCCAUUGAGGCUGUUUGCAGGGCCAAUGUCAAGGAGAUUUCAGACGCCGUGGGGGCACUUUGUGACAAAUAUCUUCUGAAUCAGCCAAAGAGCUUCUCAAUAAUCUUCAAUAAACGCUACAACAAUGCCAUAUCCCGGGAUGACACGAUCAAGGAGCUUGCAGAUAUCGUGACUUCGAAGAACCCCGGGAAUCGAGUGAAUCUCUCCGAGCCUGAAGUAUCAGUCAUCGUAGAAGUUAUUAAAGGACUCUGCUGUGUCAGCAUCCUUCCGGACUACCUCAAACUCAAGAAAUACAAUUUGGUGGAGCUCGUGGGAGCUUCAAAAGCUGAUGCUGCCAAGAAGGAUCAAAAAGACGACAAAGAUUCAGUUGAUCUGCCCAAGGCUGAUGAGACAGAUCAGCAGAAUUCAGAAGAUCCAGUCAAGGAAUAAAUAAAUUCCUUUUUCAAUUCAUUUUCAAAAAUGUUUCAAUGAAGGAAGAAACAUGGAUGAAACAAAUUUUGAAUUUAAGAAGCCUGAAUUUUUGUUGAAAUUAUUUUUGUAAUAAAUAAAAAAAAAAGAAUUAUGGACAA